GCUGGCGAAAAACAAAGACGAUGCAAGCUCUUAAGAAUCCUUGCCGCGAUUCAAUUCCUGUGGUUUGGUAGGUUACCGAAAACAAGGUACCUGCAAAGGCUGGCAAAGCUAGACCGGGAACUUUAUGGGCAGGGUGUGAUUGGAGUAACGUGAUUUCGCGUGUUGGUUAGGGAUUUUUUGUCUCUGGUUUUCCCUUCCUACUAAACUUCUGGCGUCACCCUCGAGCUUCACGAGAAACUGAUGGGGGGAAAGGAAAGCAAAGACGUGUGUGCACUGCUGUCUUUCCGGUGCGGGUUCGUCGGCGUAUCCGAGAAGAGUUGUGUUGCAACUGUGACUUUUUGCGGAGUGCUGCAAAAGAGUCUUUGGCAGGUUGUAUGCGUGUCACUGAGCUGAUUUCUUUUUUCCAAACCGCGGUUGUGACACACUCCUUAAGGUUAAGCUCGGCCUUUUUUUUUCUUAUAUUCUUUUUCUUUAUCUCCUUUGGGGCUUUGUCUUGAUAAGAAACGAUAGCGGCGGUACCCGUGUGUUGAAGUAAUGAGGUGGUGUUUUGCCGUUGGAAGCCGUUGCAAUGGCAGCUGGACUGCAUCAUCAGCACGCGGUUGGCGCUCCGGGGGCGGACGUCGUCUUUUGAGUCAUAGCAGCAGCACGGCUUUGGGGCGCACUAUUAGUGCAGCUCCCCCGCAGUUGCGACCAGGACAUCGAUUUCUGCCCCUCGAGAAGCUUCCAUCGCCUUCGCCAACACCAACUCUGAGCUACUACUACACCACUACCACCACCCUCGCGACGUCACGUUUUGGUUCUGCAGUUGGAUUCCCCUGUCGGAAAUUAUAUUACAAAAGUCGUCCUGGCUUGAUAUCGCUAAAUCAGAGAUCCUUCCUGUCGACAACAAGCAAAACCGCCAACAUGGCCACCGAGGUCAAGUGGACCGCUGAGACGGUUCGCAAGACCUUCCUCAACUACUUUGAGGAGAGGGGUCACACAGUAGUUCCCUCGUCGUCGGUGGUCCCUCACAGUGACCCCACCUUGCUCUUCACAAAUGCCGGCAUGAACCAGUUCAAGCCCAUUUUCCUGGGCACUAUCGGCAAGACUGAUCCUAUGGCCGGUCUGAAGCGCGCUGUGGACUCUCAGAAGUGUAUCCGCGCUGGUGGCAAGCACAAUGAUCUUGACGAUGUCGGCAAAGACAGCUAUCACCAUACAUUCUUCGAAAUGUUGGGCAACUGGUCCUUUGGGGAUUACUUCAAGAAGGAGGCCAUUUCUAUGUCGUGGGAGCUGCUGACCAAGGUCUACGGUCUCGACCCUGCCCGGUUAUACGUAACCUACUUUGAAGGCAACCCUGAAAUGGGCCUCGAGCCCGAUUUGGAGGCCAAAAACCUCUGGCUUGAGAAUGGCGUACCUGAGGAUCACAUCCUGCCUGGAAACAUGAAGGACAACUUCUGGGAGAUGGGUGACCAAGGUCCGUGUGGUCCUUGCAGUGAGAUCCAUUACGACAAGGUGGGCGGAAGAAACGCCGCUCACCUAGUCAACAUGGACGACCCUUUGGUUGUCGAGGUGUGGAACAACGUGUUUAUUCAGUUCGACCGGCAGCAGGAUAAGUCCCUGAAGUCUCUUCCCGCCAAACACGUUGACACAGGUAUGGGUUUCGAGCGUCUGGUCUCUGCUCUGCAGAACAAGACUUCCAACUACGCCACCGAUGUUUUCUCUCCCCUUUUCGCCAGGAUACAGGAGGUGACGGGUGCCCGUGAAUACACGGACAAGUACGGCAAGGACGAUGCCGAUGGCAUCGACACGGCCUACCGUGUAGUUGCCGACCACAUCAGGCUCAUGGCCUUCUCGAUCGCCGAUGGCGCAGUUCCCAACAACGACGGCCGCGGCUACGUCGUCCGUCGUGUCCUGAGGAGAGGUGUCCGAUAUGCACGCAAGUAUUUCAACGCCGAGAUUGGAGGUUUCUUCUCCCAGAUUCUUCCCACGCUCGUUGAGCACAUGGGAGAGCAGUUCCCUGAACUUGGUCAGAAGCAGCAAGAUAUCAAGGAAAUUCUGGAUGAAGAGGAGGAGGCCUUUGCCCGGACAUUGGACCGUGGCGAGAAGCAAUUCGAAAAGUAUGCCUCAAUGGCCAUCAAGGCUGGCGAGAACAAGCUUUCUGGCUCGGAUGUAUGGCGGCUGUACGACACUUUUGGAUUCCCCGAGGAUCUUACAAAACUGAUGGCCGAGGAGCGUGGCAUCACUAUUGACGAGGCCGAAGUUUCGGUGGCCAGGGAAAAGGCUCGCGAGGCAAGCAAGGCGGUCAAGGAGUCCGUCCAAACCUUUGCCAAGCUUGACGUUCAUAGGAUAUCAGAGCUGGAGAACGAGCUCAAGGUCACACGCACAGACUCCGAGGCCAAGUAUCUGAAGGGCGACAUCACUUCCAAGGUUUAUCUCAUUUACACAGGCAAAGAUUUUCUCAAGAGCAGCAAGGAGAUACCGCCAAAGACGCCACUUGGUCUUAUCCUGGACAAGACCAACUUUUAUGCCGAGUCGGGUGGUCAGAUUGCCGACACUGGCCGCAUUGUCAUCGAUGGAGUGGCCGAGUUUAAGGUUCUGGACACACAAGAGUUCGGUGGAUACGUCCUACACAACGGCUACCUGGAGUACGGAGAGCUCACUGCUGGAGACUCGGUCAUUUGCGAGUACGACGAGCUCCGUAGGCAACCGAUCCGCAACAACCACACAGGCACCCACAUCCUGAACCAUUCACUUCGUGAGGUUUUGGGCGAUGACAUCAACCAGAAGGGAUCCCUGGUCGACAACGAGAAGCUUCGUUUCGACUUUUCUCACAAGACAGGUGUCACGGUCCCUGAGCUCAAGAAGAUUGAGGACCUGUCAAACGCUUACAUCCGCCAGAACUGCAAGACUUUCACCAAGGAUGUCGACCUGGAUCUCGCCAAGCAGAUCGAGGGAGUGCGCGCUGUUUUCGGCGAGACAUACCCUAACCCGGUCCGUGUGGUGUCCAUCGGCAUUGAGGUCGACAUGCUGCUCGAAAAUCCCAAGAACCCAGAGUGGCGCAAGGUCUCGGUCGAGUUCUGUGGUGGAACCCACGUUGACCAGACGGGCAUAAUGAAGGAUAUGAUUAUUGUCGAGGAGAGCGGCAUUGCCAAGGGUAUCCGACGUAUCGUCGCCUACACAGGCGAUGCUGCCCACCAGGUUCAGCGUCUCGCCGCCGAUUUCUCCAAGCGCAUCGACGAGCUCGAGAGUCUGCCUUUUGGAACUGAGAAGGAGGCCGCCAUCAAGACGACGCAGGUUGACCUAGAGCAACUCGUCAUCUCGUCGGUUACAAAGGACGAGCUGCGCACGAGGUUCACCAAGAUCCAGAAGGCGGUCGUCGAGGAGCAAAAGAAGAAGCAAAAGGCCGAAAGCAAAAAGGCACUCGACACUGUCGCAGAGCACUUCAAGAAGCCGGAGAAGGCGGAGUCCAAGGUGUUCAUUGGACAACUGCCCAUUUCGGCCAAUGCCAAGGCUGUCUCUGAAAUCAUGAACUUUUACAAAUCGAAGGAUAAGGAAAAGUCAGUCUAUGUGUUCGGUGGCAGCAAGGAGGAAGGUGCCGUGGUUCACGGUGUAUAUGUGGGAACUGCUCUUGCUUCGCAAGGAAUCACUGCUGAACAGUGGGCCAAUGCUGUGUCGGAAGUGAUUGGUGGCAAGUCUGGCGGCAAAGAGCCGACACGACAGGGACAAGGCACCAAGCCGGAGAACCUGGAGCAGGCUGUCGCCGAGGCCGAGAAGUUCCUGACCGAGAAGAUCAAGGACCUCAAGAUUUGAACAGCUUUCGAACAGAACUACUAGGGAAGCACAAAGGAGGAAGGCGAAUACAAGCACGAAAAGCGCAUGCAUGGUUCAUCGCCAUCCAAGGCAUGAUCGGCAACGUUGAUUUACAGGCAGAACGGCCGAUAGGCUAGGUCAUAACAUGUUUUAUAGCGACGGCUUCUGUAGAGAAGCCGGCUGGAACAUGGGAUAAUACGUAUACUGGACAGGUAGGAUGGGUUAAGCGCCGAAAUCAGGUGCGGCGCUGGGAAUUUAGUCUGUAGCUCCAAGACGGCAGCUACUGGUGUUACAUGUUCUUCUUGUUCUUUUUCGACGUCUUUCGGCUAGAUGUACCAACAAAACAAAGAGAGAAAAAAAUGGGACCAAAAAAAAACUAUGGAACACGCUAUAAUGUUGUCAUGACGCUGGCGUUUUUGAACCAGCUCAGCAUUGGGUUCUCGCCGCUCCUUGUGCGAGUCUCAUCGACGUAGGCCC